UCCCCGACCACCAUAUUUCAACCAGGAACACCGCCCACCACUUCGUACCUCGAAUUCUCUCUCGCAUGUCUGCCGUCCCAAAACAUGAAAGCCCUCGUCUGCUUUCUCCUCCUCCUCCUCCUCCUCCUCGCCACCUUGCCGUCGCCGACGAGAUCCUUCGAGUUCCCGGCCCGGGAGAUGGCCGACCUCAUCGACCAGACAUGCAGGCUCACACCCUUCUACGACCUGUGCAUCUCCUCCCUCAGGUCCGACCCCGGGAGCGGCGCGGCCGACGUCCGGGGUCUCGCCCGCAUAAUGGCGGGCUCCGUCCUGGCGAGCGCUAGCCGCACGCUGGACCGGAUCCAGGAGCUGCUGGGCCAGGCCCCCGACCCAGAGACGGAGCGUCCCCUGGCUUACUGCGCGGAGCUGUACAUCCCGGUGGUGAAGUACACCUUGCCGCAGGCGAUUGAAGCGCUGGGCAAGGGCCAGCUCGGGUUCGCGGUGUAUGGGUUGUCGGACGCGGGCAAGGAGGCGCAGGCGUGCGAGAAGAAUUUCUCGGGUCUGAGCUGGUCGCCGGUGACGGAUGUGAACGAGCAGGUGCGGGAUUUGGUGGACGUGGCAUUGGCGAUUAUCAAGAUUUUGCAGAGGAGUUUCUAACUCUCUUCUGCGAUUGACACGGUGAAAACAUAGGAACCUACACAUUUUCCGGACAUGUGUUUUAAGUGCCCUCGGUUACUCUUAUA